AUGAAAAAGGAAAGUGGAUUAAUGAUGAGGAACGAAUUUUUAGUUAAUACAAUUUAUAAUCAUGGAAAUUUGAAAAAAAUUUUGGGUUUGUUAAAAAGUAUAAAGAGAAAUAAUAAACUGGACUAUGUAGGAAAGGUAUGUGAGCAAUUUAAUGUAGAUGAUGAGGACGAAAUAUGUAGGAUAUUUUUAAAUGAACUAAAAAAUAUGUGUAAAGAUGAUCAGAUAAACAGGAAUAUUGUUAGCGAUAGUAAUGAUAAUAAUAUGAGUAAACUGCAUAAUAUGAUUAAUAAUAAUAGUAACAGUAACAGUAAUAGUAAUAGUAAUAAUAUUUCUAAUAAUAAUAAUAGUAAUAAUAAUAAUAGUAAUAAUAAUAAUAGUAAUAAUAAUAAUAGUAAUAAUAAUAAUAGCAGUAAUAAUAAUAGUAAUAAUAAUAAUAGUAAUAAUAAUAAUAAUAGCAGUAAUAAUAAUAAUAGUAAUAAUAAUAAUAGUAAUAAUAAUAAUGGUAAUAAUAAUAAUAAUAGCAGUAAUAAUACCAAUAGUGGUAGUAAAGGCUACCUCGAAUGCAACAGUGAUCCCAUUUAUGGUGAUAUAAAAGACAUUAACAGUUCCCCAUCAAAUAAUUCUGAAGAAAUUAAUGAAUACGAUUUAAAUUGUAGUACAUCAACACUAGAGAAAAAUAAUAAAUCCACACGAAUAUAUGUGGAUGGUAUAUUUGAUUUAUCCCAUUCUGGUCAUUUUAAUGCUAUGAGACAAGCAAAAAAGUUAGGUGAUAUUGUAGUAGUUGGGAUAAAUUCGGAUGAAGACGCUUUGAAUUCUAAAGGGGUUAUGCCAAUAUAUACACAAGAAGAAAGAGGAGCAUUAAUAGCUGGUUGUAAGUGGGUAGAUGAAGUUAUCGUAGGAACAAAAUAUACUGUAAGUAUGGAGCUAUUAGAAAAAUAUAAUUGCGAUUAUGCAGCUCAUGGUAGUGAUGUUGCUUAUGAUCGUAAUGGAAAAUGUUGUUAUGAAGAAGUAAGGAAAAAUAAUAAAUUAAAAAUAUUUGAAAGAAGUUAUGGUAUAUCUAGCACAACGAUAAUUAACCAUUUACUGCAAGCGGUAAAUAGCGGUAAUAAUAAUAACAGUAGUAGUACGUUUACUGCAAAUAAUGAUAAUAGUAAAAAUACAUCAACAGCAAUGAGCUGUAACAAGGGUACAAAUAAUAAUUUGAAUAGUUGUGGAGAUGAUAAUAAUUAUAUAUACAACCAGGAUGAAGCAGAUAGUGAAUGUAAUAACAUUAAUAGUAAUAUCAAUAUAAAUACUUAUAGUACGAACUGUGUGAAUGGGUCAGGCGAAAAAAUUAAUUUUAAAAAAUGUAAAAUCAAUCCCAAAGAAUUGGAAGAGCAGUUCAAAAAUACUGAAAUAGUUGGAACAGAUAAUGUAACAAAGUUAAAUGAUCAUAUAUCCAAUGUAAAGAAUUCUUUAAAUAAAAAUAAAUGUUAUGUGACAGCAUCCCAGUUAUAUCAAUUUAUGGAAAAUCAUGAUAAAAAAAAGAAGCACAGAGUAGUAUAUGUUGAUGGGUCAUUUGAUAUAUUCCAUAUAGGUCAUUUAAAAAUAUUAGAGAAUGCCAAAAAGUUAGGAGAUUAUUUAUUAGUAGGUAUGCAUUCUGAUGAUGUCGUUAGAACAAUGAAAGGAAAAUAUUUCCCUGUUGUUUCAUUACUAGAAAGAACGUUAAAUGUUUUAGCUAUGAAGGUAGUAGAUGAUGUAGUUAUCGGAGCCCCUUGGGUUAUUACAGAAAGUUUUAUUAAACGUUUUCAUAUUGAUGUUGUAGUAAGAGGAACAAUUGUAGACUAUGUUUACUCACAUAAUGAAAUAGACCCUUAUACCAUUCCGAAGAAGCUAAACAUAUUUAGGGAACUUUCUUCCGAAUCGGGUAUCACCACAUUUGAAAUAAUUCAGAGGAUUGAAAAAAACAAAAUGUGUCUCAUGAAUAGCAUUACAAAAAGGAAAAAGAAUGAAGAGAACAUUUGGAAAGUUAGCAGUUCGUAUGUUUUAAAUUAA